GCUUUGAACUUUAAAUAUAACAGAGCACUGAGCUAAAGUAAAAAAAGCGAAAGGAGAGAGCACAAAUUGCUGAAACUCUGAAGCAUUUGUCUCCCAACCUUGGUGGGUUUUCUUUACAAAAUUCAAGCUGUUCAUAAAAUGAUUGGAACCUGAAGAAGAAGAAGAAUGUGAUAAGAGUGAUAUACAUUAAACUCUAGAGAGAGAGAGAGAGAGAGAGAGAGAGAGAGAGAGAGAGGAGAGAGAGAGAGCGAGUAAUAAUAUAGGUGAGAAUGUUGGGGGGUGAAGGAGGAGGAGGAGGAGCUUCAUCGAAACUGAAACGAGCCGCAAGGAAGAUUCUACAAACAGCUUGUGGUUCCUUCUCUCGCAGACAACUCCUUGUCGAUCCUAAUCCUACUGUAUUCUUGGGUUCACCCAAUAAUCCUCCUUCAAAGCCGAGGUACAGUGCUGAUAAAAUCUCGGAAAUUGCUCUGAAAGCUGCUCUCGGCACCACCACCGACACUGCUACUUCUACUAAGAAUUUGUGCACAAUAUGUCUUGAUCCUCUAAGUUAUGGCACAGGCUCUAGCCCGGGCCAGGCCAUAUUCACAGCGCAGUGCUCUCAUGCAUUCCAUUUUGCUUGCAUAUCCUCCAAUGUCCGCCAUGGCAGUGUCACCUGCCCCAUUUGCCGUGCGCAUUGGACCCAGCUGCCUCGUAACCUAAACCCACCUUGUUCUCUCUCUUUCAACAGAACUGACCCCAUUCUCCAAAUUCUCGACGACUCAAUUGCCACUUUCCGUGUCCACAGGCGCUCCUUUCUACGCUCUGCCCGCUAUGAUGAUGAUGACCCCAUUGAGCCUGACCACAUAACAAAUCAUCCUCGUCUCCAUCUUUCUCUCAUACCUGUCUCACUGACUCAUCCCACCUUUCAUCCAUGCUCACAUCAACCUUUACGAGUGACUGGAACCAAUUCAUGUCAUCCCCAUGGAUUUGAAUCACUACAUCACUUGAGCAGCUCCUCAUCUUUAUUAGCAGCAGCAACACAGCAUAUUGAAUCCACUGGGCAAAUGCCUUACCCAUCAUGCACCUCCAGUAAUAGAGCUUAUCUCUCUGUAACAUUAGCAGAUCAGCUAGCAACUGACUUGGUCUUAGUUGCAAGCCCCAAUGGACCUCACCUGAGACUUAUAAAGCAAUCCAUGGCAUUAGUUGUUUUCUCCCUUCGACCCAUUGAUCGGUUGUCUAUUGUCACCUACUCAUCUACUGCAGCACGGGUCUUCCCCCUUAGACGCAUGACAUCCUAUGGGAAGCGGACAGCACUGCAAGUCAUUGAUCGCCUUUUUUAUAUGGGACAAGCAGAUCCAAAUGAAGGACUCAAGAAAGGAAUAAAAGUACUUGGAGAUCGUGCCCACAAAAAUCCACAGUCCUGUAUUCUGCAUUUGUCUGACAGUCCAACAAGAUCUUACCAAUGCAUCAACAUGGAAGUGCCCAUACCAGUCCAUCGCUUCCAUGUAGGAUAUGGCUUUGGCACUUCUAAUGGGUUUGUGAUGCAUGAAUUCGAAGAGUUCCUUGCCAGAGUAUUAGGAGGUGUGGUUAAAGGGAUCCAAUUGAAGAUUAGGGAGGAUUCUAGGAUUGUGAGGCUAGGAGAACUAAGAAGUGGUGAGGAGAGAAGAAUUCCAUUAAAUCUGGGCGACUCUGGACAUGUUCGUGUGGAAUAUAGCUAUGUCGAGGGUGGGGUUGAUGAAUGCAUUAGGACGGGGGAAAUUCUGGUGGGCGCGGAGGAUAAAAGUGGAAGUACUGACUGUACAGAAGCUGUUAUGAACACAGGUGGGAGGACUAGCAGUGUUGAAAGCUGGGAUUACCAUGAUCCUUACAUGGCUAGAAGAUGGGCCAAGCAUUUGCAUGGCUAUAGGCUGUGAAGUAUCUUGCUGAAGAUUGUAAUAUAAGUUCAUACACAUCAACCAAUCCCCCCGCAUUGGAGUUGUUCUGGACUGCAGCAGGUUUUACAUCAAUUUAGCCAUCAUCUCUGCUCAAGAGGGCAGGUAAAAUUUGUUUAUGUAGCCUUUUACUUUACCAGCAAUUGUCAUUUAUAGUCCAAGAUUUGAAUUUAUGAGUGUAAUACAUCAUGCUGUCAUGCUUAUUGCCGUGACACUAUAUUUUUUCAGUAAAUUCUUUACUCCAUGCUCACAGGGAGUUCAGACUACAGAA